GUGUUGAAUUAAUUGAAUAAUUCUGGUAAAAACCAUUGCUGUUGUGAUUUUCAUUGCAUAUUGUGUUAUUAACUACCAUCCACGAUGACUCUUCGAUUCAUCGUGCUGAUUUGCGCCGCGACUUGCGCGCUUGCUGUCUCUGAUCAUUCAUAUGAAGACAACCGCUGCAAAUGUGUUUGUCCGAGCCCUGCAGCUGUGCUCAACGACACAGCGGCAGCCGACCGCAGUCCCUUCAUGAAGUCUGCUAAUGUUCCACCUAAUAAAUGCAACUGCGAGUCAGUGAUUCUACCGCGAGUCGCUGAUCAGAUCAAGGGCAGGGAGCAAGAGUUUUGUCCCCGAUGCGAGUGCAAGUACGAAAAUAGAAACACUACUAUCAUAAAGGUGGUGGUUAUCAUCGUGAUUUGGGUCAUAAUGUUGCUGGUCGUGUACAUGGGCUUCCUUAUUUGUCUGGAUCCUCUUAUCAACAAGCGAGCGAAGGCUUCUUAUCAGGAGCACACCAAUGAAGAUGACGAGAGUACCCUGGGUGGUCCGUCACAGCAGAUGGGCGCUCGUGGCAACGUGUUGAACAGGGUGACGCAUCAACAAGACAAAUGGAAGCGUCAAGUACGUGAACAGCGCCGUAACAUCUACGAUAGACACACGAUGCUCAACUAGGAUCCACUUCAUACCUCAUCUGUGGCGUAGCUAGACUAAGGUAAGCAAGUCUAAAGGGCCCCAGAUUCUGUACAUAUAUUUAAAAAACGAAUUUGUAAUUAUUCCAAUCUUAGUUCUAAGAUACCUACCAAACUGCGUGGACUCAAGGAGCGUAAAUAAUUGUAAGAAGUAUUUUCUGUAUAAUAUUGAACAGCGAAUGCUGUUAAGCUGCAUAAGCAGCUUCUAAAUAUACAUAUUUGUAGAUUGUAAUAACUAUGUAUUUAUUAAAGAAGUUGAGAGAUUACUCCUUCAUAAUUAAACUAGUCUAUUGAUAAUGAUAUUGUGAAAUGGGACUGCGAUUUAUUAAUUUGUAGGUUAAUAUUUAUCUCGUAGACAAUUUAGGUAUUACAAUUUGCUUAUUCAACAUUACAUACUAUAUAAAGGUAAUUGUUCUGCAAAUUCAUAUCCACUGCAUAUAAAUGAUAGAUUUCUGUAAAUGUUUGAAACAUAAAUACAUAGAAAUGUAACUGGGGCCCUGUAACUCUCGCCGUUCGAUGAAGGUAAUAAAAAUAAAGAUUUGUGUUAAAGGGAAGCUUCGAGGACAAGCUAAGGACUAUUAAUUAAUUCCGCAAACUAUAUACAAUUAAAUAUUACUAUCACGAAACAUUUCUAGAAUUAAAUAUUUAAAUAUAUUAUCUGUAAGUCUUUCGAAAAAUUUACAUUGUAGCUUUUACAUCUGAAUAAUCCUUUAUGACUGAAAAAUUGCGAUUAAUUUCUUUUUUUUAUGUAUUAUUUAACGUUUAAACCAAAUUAAAUUGAUUACGUCAGGAAAAUUAAAAUUCCAUUCAGUAGUGCUCUAUUUUGAUUCGACACAGUUAAUUUUCAUGUAGAAAUAAAUUAUAAAAUCUGGUCUGAAAUUAAUCGAUUCAUUAUAAAUCUCUCAUUUUGAAAUAUCCGGAUAAGCUUAAGGUUUUAUUAACAAACAACAUAAUGUAAGAUAUAGAAUAAGUUAACGCAUAAUCAAAGCCAGUUUUGGUUAGAUUAUGUGACUCUAAAAUAAAAACAAAUGAAAGACAAGAUGUUCUGAUUAGUGAAAGUUAUAUUGUACUAAUUAAUUAUAUUAAAAGUAUUAUAGUAUUGAUGAUAAGGCCACUAGCCUCGACACGAUAGGCUGCCCCGACCUGAUAUGGUACAAAAUGAAGGCAAGGAAUGUUAGCACAGUCCGACUUAAAUUCAACGUAAUUAAUGUAUUGAUGUGAUUAGCACUCUGGCAACAUUGCCGUUGUAUUCUCUAUGUAUUGUAGUAUUGCCAUGUUUCACGUAUUUAAACAAUUCGGUGUUUGUAAUAAUAUUAAUAAGCGAUUCCGUAACUCAAUUUGAAUUGUAGAAAGGAUCUUUACACCAUUUUUUGUAUAUGGUAAGCACGAAACAGUAUAGAAGUGCAUUGUGUCGUAGUUAAGAGUAAAAGGAGGUAGCUAUGGUUUCUUAACCAAGGCAGUUAUAUUACAUCAUAGUUAAGAAAACAAUAGAUUUUCAGGUUUCAUCAAUAUGAGGUGUUUUUAGUGCGUUUUCCCUCGCAUAAGGCAAUGAAAGUAGAUUAGUACAGCUUCGUGCGUGGCUGAUGUAAAAUGAUGCCAGUCGGUCCUCGAAGCGAUAUGUACGUAGCUUAUACAUUAGAUAGAUAUACAUAGAAAAGUGCUCAACAUGAAGCCAUGUGCCAGACAAUUUGUUUUAAUUAAAAUUAGCCUACAUGAUUUAGAAUCAGCUCGACAAACCUACUAUUGAAUGUUACUGUUUUCUGUUAUUUUUUAGUUUGUAAGUAGCCAACAUGGAAAGUUGUUUUUGUCACUUACAUUAUUAUGGUAUUGGCAUCUGAUAUUAAAGAUUUUGUUAUUUAUUUAUUGAAUAUAUUUUUCCACUUCCAUGAUGCAAAUCGGUUACUUUCUAAAAAUGCUUUUUUCUUUUUUCUCUUCGGCUUUACUUGGGGAUUUGUUUAACAAUGAUGCGUGGCUUCUAUUUGAGUACUAAAUAUAAAGCUAUAUAUUCAAUUCAAUUAAUAUUACACCUAGGUAUAUUAGGGUAUUUAAAAUGACCUCUAAAGGUCUCUAAGUACAGUAGGAAUGGUGAAAAUCCCUGGAUUUGUGUCCAAAACAAUACGAUGGUCUGAUAUUGUCGAGUAGUAUAACAAGGUAGCUGUAUAUAUUAGUAAAAAAAUAAAUAUCACGUUUGCAAGACGGAGUAAAUUCUAAUGUAAGUAAGACGCGAUAGGUUUAUUUAAAGUUAUUCAUAAAUCUAUACAGUUAGGCCUACGUCCGGCAGUGGACUGUGAUUGGCUAAUAUAAUAGUGUAUAUAUUUAUCAAUAUUAUAGUCUAGUGUAACACUGGAUGAUUAUGUUCGGUUUCGGUUCGGUUCUCAGAAAAUAAUUGCGGGUUCAAAAUAUUUAUUCCUCAAUGGAUUUCGGUUCUAAAUCAUCUAAAACUCACUGUAGCUUUUUUUUACUUUUUCGUAGAUUCCUUUUACAUAAUUAGCUGUAUAUUUAGAAUUCCCGCCAUUGGAACAUUAAGAUGAAUUGAUAUUUUUACCACUAAUUUGUAUAUUUUGCACCAAAAGUUGUUAUUUUUAGUAAAAGGAUAUUAUUAAAUUGUUGCAUAGUUUUUGUUUAAGUGUUUCGGUCAAGAUAUUAGUUGUUGACUUAUUGUAUAUACUUACAAUUUUACCUCUUAUAUGCAUCUGGUACUAUUUGGACAUUAUAAUAAACCUAUUACUAACUACAGAAUAACACUUUCAACUGUUAUUUAAACUCAAAAGAAAGUUUCUUAUAAUGUGCAAAAAGUAUUAUCGUUUAUGAAUCACAGAUUUCUUAUAUACUUGCAUUGUAUCAGAGCUAUAUGAAUGUUUGCCAUCUAUUCGACAGGAUAGGUGAGGUCUGUAUUAAACAUAAAUUAUCUAAUCCUGUCGUAUGUGCCAACAGUUGCAUUGGCCAUCACACGAGAUUUGGCCUUCAAAAGUUCAGCAGACGUAUCUAUUUAAGAUCUUUACAUCGCACCUUUAAAACCCCCGCGUCGACUGCCGGUAUAACCUGCGCCAUGAAGUUAAGCAGGUUGGUGGCAGUGCUGCGCCCCGGCCGAAAGCCAUGCUGUGCGUCCGAUAGUCGGCUCGGAUCUGCCCCAGUAUAGAACUUUGAGUGGUGGACUCAAAAACUGUAGCUUGUGUCGACAGCACUGACAAUAUAUAUUAUUAUGAAUAGAAAAGUAUGGAAUGAGAAUGCUGCUCCGCCGCCCCCAGUAAAAUUAUGAUAACGGCAGGAGGAUAAUAGUUACUAAAAUAAUACACAAGAACAUACAAUUUGAGAUUAACAUUUAUUUUUGUUUGCUUCGUAACCUUUCAGGAAAAUGUUAACUGACACUCGCACGACUCGUGUCGACCAAUGCGAGUGACGUCACAUACGACAGGCGUUAAAACCGCCACCUUAGUAUAAAUCAGUUUAUAAGCGUAUAGUUUUUUAGCGUUUAGCUUUAAGUUCUCAGUAGCGGAUCACCAGAACAGCCUUAGAUGUAGAGUUUGUAUUCAAGCCUUUGCUCAUUUCUAUAUUGGAAUUGCAUGCACCAAUUUAACCGAUUUCUCUUUUUCUAUUCAAUACAAUAUAAUGGAAUUUGCACUUGACGGCGCUUCCGUGUUUAAGCAAUAGGUGGCGUUACUAGUCUAGAUUGUGACGUUAUGUCCGCCUUGGUUUGAGUUACCAAGCGCCCAGUGUUGCGUCAGAGUGCUCGAAAUUGGCAUUUUAAACCACUAGCGCCGUUUAAAUAAAGUAACUAAAAGCGAGACAUGACGUCAUACUCUAGACUAGUAAUCUAUUGCAUUUAUACAGUCAUGGACACAUAAUUAAAGACACCCCCCCGACUCGAAGUGAAAUAAAUUGUUAUGGUACUGACAUGAGCUUAAGCACGGUAUAAACUGUAGUGUAAUAAUUAUUAAAACAAACAUUACAUUGUGUUCUUUAAAUUAAGGACAAAAAAUAUUUUCUUUCUUUAAUACUUUACAUAUAAAGCUCUAUGGGAAAUGAACACUAACUUUUGUAGCUGAUACUUGGCUGGUCAGCUAAUUAAAGACAGUUAAAGCCCAGUUAAGAAAAAAAACGAAAGAUACAAAUAGUUGCCAUAUUUUUUUUUAGAAGUGAGUAAAAUACUUAUGAAAACUCUAAUUAGGUAAUAAUUUCGGUUUAUUUCAUUAAAAAUUUUCAUUUUAGUCCUAACAAAAAUUCUGGUAAGUAAAAUGUUUUAGGCUUUUUAAUAUUAUAUUUUGACAUACGGAUUUAUUCAUACCACUUGAUCUGUAGUAAGGACAUGGUAAUAAAUUUAUUAUUAAAGAUUUCUUAUCAAUGGCACUAAAAAAGGCAUGGUUUGAGAACAACUCAAAACCGACCCCAAGGAAAACUUGUCCGCAAACAGACUUUAAGGCGGUGCUAUAGGCAAAUAGUGAACCAUUUACAUGAUUCGGUACUGGUUUUUUGGGAGUCAUCUGAUGCUAAAAGGACGACAAUUGUGUCUGCAGAACUUUUAGACAACAACCGGGUCGGGAAAAACUGUAAGGCAUGGGUAUCGGAAGAUGUUACUUUUGGAAAAGCACCGCGUGUCCAUACUGUGGUUGGCUAUUUCUAUCCAAUGAGAAAGGUGCAGUUAACAAGUGUUCAAAAAUGUAUUUUUUUCUCAUUAAACAAAGGGAUACGAAUAUUUCUAAAAUAAUGUAUCGAAAUUAGUCGCCUCCAAAACAUGAGAUGGAACCAAAAUACACUAAGAAAGUUCUCAAACAUAGGAGGCGAAAAAGUAAUAGUGUGGGGCUUCUCUCCACUACUUGGUGUGGUGAUCUUUUAGAAAGAUAUUAUUAAAAAUAGGCGAAUUCAAGUACUAUAAUAUUUUAGAAAUAGCAUUUUGUUAUAUGCUAAGCAUAAUUUACCGGUCCUUAGCGCUUUCCAAAUUAGAAAAGUUCUGAAAAACACUGUAAGAGUAGUAAAAAGGACUCUUUGAUCGAGCAACUUAUGACGGUUUUGGUUUGACCCAUCGCAAAUUUAAUAGAAAAAAAAAUUGGUGAUCGGCCAGAAAACACAAUGGCGAUAAGUCAUACAUGAAACAUUGAUCAAUUUUACACAGAUUUUUAUGAAGCAUGAAAGAAAAUUCCCGUAGCGACUGAAAACAAAACUGACCGCCUUGCACGCUUAGGGAUGUCGUGCUGUCAUUAAGGUAAAAGGAAAUAAACCAAAUAUUAGUACUCAUUAGUAUGCUUAGUUACAGUGUAGGGAAUGUUGUUAUAGAAAAGUACCAUCAAUAAUAUUAAUAAUUUGCAUUUCUUCCUCUGAGCAAAUGGAGUGUCUUUAAUUAUAUGGCCAGGCCACAUUAUGGUUCAUACCGCUCGAGAUUCGGAUAAAGCGAAAAAAAACUUGUCGCGAAGGAUCACUGAAGAUAGUCUUUAGUUUUAAUAUUUCACAAUGCCCUCUUAAAUAUUUUAAAAUAGAAAAUAAAGUUCCAGUAGCAAUCAGAAAAAAGAAAUACAGAUAAAAUGCGGCAGCAAUUUAAGAUUCCAACAGUGUCUUUAAUUAUGUGUCCAUGACUGUAUGUACCUACUUAAAUAUGGAAGCGCCGUCACACUUAAAAAUGGAUAUUAUUUAGAUAUAUGAUUGAUAGAUACUUGAUAAUGUACAUAUAUUCGAGAGUUAUUAUAUUAAUUGUCAUAUAAUUUUAUGCAGUGGAUAUUGUAGGGCAAACGUAUUAAUUAAUAAUCUAAUUUGUCAUUUACCAGGCAUUUUAUAUGAAAUGCGAUCUGCACUCUGUAUUUGAUGUACAUUGUAAGCAUCGCGGUCCCUGAACCGUUUUCUAUUCGAAGAUAAUUUUUAACUAAUACUUCUGCAAAUAUUGUGAAAUAUACAUACCGAUAUUGUGAAAUAUACAUACCGUUAUUGUAAAUGCCCGAACUAUGGUAGUAGGUCAUAACGAUACCCAUUUGAUUGUAUUUAUCAACUCAUGUUUAUUCAAAAUAAAUGUGAUUUCAAGAA